AUGAGCAUGAUCACUGCUGUAAGAAAUAAUGAUCGGAAGGAAGAGAAACCACCACACUCGAGAGUUUUUGUUGUCUGCAAUAAACAAUUAAAGGAAGAAGACUUAAGGUUGCGAUUUCAACGCUUUGGAGCUAUCGAGGAUUUGUAUAUACCGAGAGACAGGCACACUGGAGAAUCGAAAGGCGUUGCUUACAUUAAAUACGCGAAAACAUCUUCUGCGGCCGCUGCCAUACAGGAGGUACACAUGAAAGUUUUAAAUAAUGAUAACAAACCCACAAAAGUUAUGGUGGCUGUUAAUAAAAACGAGAACCCCGCACAAAACGAAAAUGUAGAUAGAUAUAGGCGACUCUUCAUCAAAGUACAGAAAGAUGCUAGCGAAUCUGAGCUCAGGCACCACUUCUCAACAUUUGGACAAAUAGAGUCAAUACACCUACAAAGAGACAAAGUGACUGAUGUAUGUAAAGGUUUCGCUUAUGUCCAAUAUAAAACAUUCUAUGAUGCAGCUAAAGCUUUUGAAGAAUGCGAUAAGAAAUAUAGACCAGUAUUUGCUACUCCGAGAGAUGAUUUGAAAAGAAGCAGAAAUAGCCUUGAUAUUGAGCAUCAUAAUAUUAACGGAUAUAGUAAUACAAAGAAUGUCCAUAAUCAUUACCCGGAAAGACACGGCCAGCUAAAACUAGAAUACAGUAAUGAAAAUAUGAAUGGAAUGAUGUCAUCUAACUCUUAUGAUUUUAACACUAUCUCAGUUAAAUGUAGCCCGCAAGUACCCAAGAAGUAUAUAGAACAAUUAUUCAAUGUAAUACCUGGUAUGGUUCAAUGUCAAUAUUAUUUGGACACAUUUAAUGGGAUUUCUAAAGCCGUUAUAACAUAUGAGGAAUGUAGAUCCGCGGCGCACGCAGUUGACAGGUUGAAUAAUUUCGAAUUUCCGUCUGGGGAGAUACUAUCGGUCAAGCCAGAUAAGAACCCUUUGGUCAAAGCUGCUAAUGAUCUCACAGAUAUUGUCAAUAAUUUUAGAAAUGCUGUCGAUUAUGGUGCACCCGACAUAAAACAACUGGCUGAAGCUAUCGCCAAAGCAUCCAAUUUAAUAAAAGCUUCAACAACAGGCCAGAUUUAUUCACCGAGAGAUCAGCAUGACUACAAUUAUUGCGACGUUAUUUUACCACCUCACAAACCGAUGGCGGACAGCAAUAGCAGAGUUGCCCAAAGGUUGUUCAUUAUCUGCAAACCCCAGCCUCCGCCAAUGUCGACUUUACAAGAUGUGUUCUGUCGUUUUGGAGAUCUCAUUAAUGUAUCCACUAUACCAAACAAGACAUUCGGUUUUGUUAAAUACGCCUCUGUGAAUGCCGCACAGGAGGCAAUGAGGGUUCUUAACGGAGCUACAGUUACCGGUGUGAAGUUAAAAGUUUUAGAGGCUGAUGAGAAGCCAACCAAGGAAGAUAAAGUAGGUCAAACGGAACAAGCUGAGAACAACGACUAUGAUAUGGACAGCAAGAGAAUGAGACUUGACGACAAAGACUAG